UUUGUCAAACAACAAUUUGAUCGAAGUUCCUAAUGAAAUUUUCACUUGUUUAAACUAUCUACAGUGGUUAGACAUCAGAAUAAUCAAAUUACUUUUUUGCCAGUUAGCAUUAAAUGGCAUAGCUGCUUAGAAACGAUUUUACUUCAAGGAAAUAAAAUGAAGGAAUUACCAUUGGAACUUUGCACCCUAUCAAAUCUAAAAAAUCUUCAAAUAGCGGAUAAUCCACUUAUCAUGCCACCGCAAGAUAUCGUAGCUUCCGGUUGUGCUACCAUUUUGGAAUUCUUACGAAUUGAAUGGAAUAAAUUAUAUCCUGAUGAAUGGAUAGAACCCAGAAAAAAUAAAAUUGAACCAAAAUUAUCAACAAUUCUAUGUUAUCAAUCUCCACGAAAAAAUAAAAAGAAAAUAACAUCAUUGAAGGAUACCAUGUAUAAUAGAAAUAUAGCUAUAAGCGAAAAACGUAAAUUAUAUAAGCCAAGUAGCAGAUGUGAAAAUAAAGGUGCAAAUAUUAUAAUGGAACAUCGAUUAUUAUGGUUUUCCAAGUUAAGAGAUAUAAUUGCUAAACAAACUGCAACAAUCCAAAAAAUAAAAGAUGAAAAUUUUUUAAAAGAAUGGAGGCGGGAUAAAAGAAGUUAUACCAAAGCUAUGCAGAAGGCAAUGAAGAGAAACGAAGAUGAUAUUCCAUUUGAUAUUGAUGUUGAAGAUUAUGCUUCUAUAUUCAAACAAAAUUCUAAAUUGAAAAACUUGAGGUCAAAGAAAAAAGACAAACAAAGAUUUUCAUCGCCUAUAGAUAUUAACAAGAAAAUUAACGAAUUGUUAGAAUCCUUAAAUAAACUGGAAAUAAAUACUACGUGUGAAAUAAGUCCUAGAACUAAACAGAACUUGUAUAAAAAUGAAAUAGAAAAGAUAUUACAAUUUCAAAACGAAAUUCAGAAUUUGCGAAAAUACAAUGAAGUCAAUGAACCAUAUAAAGUAUCAUCGCAAAAUUAAAAUUGCAAUGAUAUCAAUAUCGAUAUCUUUCCGAUUACACCAGGGGUAUCAGUCUUGACAUGUUUAUUUAAAUAAAUCAAUAGUAAUCACAUAUCGUUUCAAUAAUAUUAAUUACACAUUCAGUACUUAAUAUACGACGAGACAACUGGAAAUAUUAUUGUACGCACAUCGUUUCUUUUUAUUAUUUAAAAAAUAUCAAAAAGAGAAAACACGUAUUAAAAAAGUUAUCUAUUAUAAAAAAGUUAUGCAUUCGAAAAAUGAUUUGUAUUAAAUACAGAACUUUUAUGUAAGAAUGUGCAACAUAUUUUGUGUGGCAAAAAAGUACAUAUAAUUAAUAAAUCAUAAUAUAAUAUAUA